AUGGCGUCGGAGGUGGAGGACGACGCGGUGGCCGCGGGCGCGCCGCUGGUCGCCAACGGUGCAGCCGACGUCCGCCGGAGAAGGGAUCAGGCGAAGGCGAUUCUGUCCAAGCAGGCAGUCAAGAUCGCCACCAAGGCCGAGCAGCACGAGCGCUUAAUCUUUAAGGUCACACACUUGCUGGGUGUUCUUGGAUUUGGGGGAUUUUGCUAUCUCCUGGGUGCCAGACCACAGGAUGUGCCAUAUGUGUACUGCCUGUUCUAUGUCAUAUUCGUUCCGCUCCGCUGGAUUUACUACCGCUACAAGAAAUGGCAUUACUAUCUCCUGGAUUUUUGCUACUAUGCCAACACCUUUCUCCUUGUAAUGAUUCUCUUCUAUCCAAAGGAUGAAAAACUUUUCAUGGUUUGCUUCUCGUUUGCAGAGGGUCCACUUGCUUGGGCAUUAAUUGUGUGGCGUUGCAGCUUGGUUUUUAGUUCAUUUGACAAACUUGUUAGUGUCCUGAUACAUCUCUUACCGGGGAUUGUUCUAUUCACUAUCCGGUGGUGGAAUCCACAAACAUUUGCUGCCAUGCACCCAGAAGGAAGAGAAGCCAGAGAUACAUGGCCAUAUGUGGAGGAUAAAUCAUAUCUGUGGACAUGGCUCUUUUUUAUUCCACUAGCUGCUUACACCCUGUGGCAACUUAUGUAUUUCCUCAUAGUUAACGUCCUGCGUCGACAGAGGUUGUUAAGGGACCCUGAAGUCAUGACAUCCUACAGGGAGCUCUCAAAGAAAGCACAGAAAGCGAACAACAUCUGGUGGAGGCUGAGCGGACUGCUGGGUGACCGGAACCGGCAGGUCAUGUACAUACUGCUCCAGGCGCUGUUCACAGUGGCAACAAUGGCCCUGACCGUCCCUAUAUUCCUGUCCUACCGGAUGCACGUGGUGUUCCUGAUACUCAAGGUGUGCGCGUCGACAUGGAAUGGUGGCAGCUUCAUCUUGGAGGUGAUGCCUCAACAAGUAGUACAGAAGCAGCAGAAGAAACUGGACAUGAAGCCCAUCGAACAGGGGAGCUCGACACAGGGUGCGCCAGGUGAUGAUGGUACACUGGGUAACCACCACCAGCACACAUCUGAGGAGCAAAUCCAGGAGUGA